AUGUAUGGAUCAAAAUAUCCUGCAGUAAAAGAUCUUGGUAUUGGCGCAACAAAUGCUGGUAAAAAAGUGAUGGUAAGAGGAUGGCUUCAUGAUGAAGAGAUUUCUGUUUCUUUACCCAAUAUCUUUGAGUUGGAACCCCCCUCAUAUUUGGAUAAAUCAUAUGAGCAUUUCUUAGUCAUUGACAAACCUGAAUAUGACUUAGUUUUGGGGAGUACAUGGCUAACGAGAUUGGGUAACAGGAUUGAUGGACAUGAUGGGAGAUAUUGGGAAUCUAAUGAGGAAAAAAGGAUAUAUUAUGCAAGAAAUAACAUUGAUAUUCUGUCUCCUUCAUUAUAUACAUUCUACGAAUUAUUAUUUCCUAAAUUUACUACAAUUAAUUCAAAUGGGGAAGCUAUAUUAAUAGAGUUUUCUGAUCAAAAUAUGGAGAAUACCCUGAUUGAUCUAAGCAAAUAUUACGAUUCAGAAUAUUCCGAAACAGAGUCUGAAUCUAGCAAUUCUGAGAUUGAAGUAGUGGAUGUACCUUCCCCAGUUAUAAGUGGAAUGAUACAAGAUAAUAGCGGAGCUAGUGAACACAAAAUGGCUGAUACCGAUGAUAUUACCGUUGAAUUUCUUGUCAAUGGCACAAAUGUUAUCCACACGCUCACAACAUCCAGAGGCACAACAAUCGAUAAUCUCAAGACUAUGAUCAGAAACCAGUUAUCGCCUCAAUUCAAUAAUGUUCCUAAUAUCAAUCUCCGUCAAGCUCAUCCAUUAAUGCCCAGGCGUUUACAUCGAGGUGCUACGAUUUCUACUUAUUUGAGGCCUCUUGCGGUAGAAUUUUAUGUAUUCGUGUAUCCUCCUGCCCAAACAUAA